AUGAGAGCCGUCACUUCAUCUUCUUAUUCAUCGCCAACUUUAUCCAAUAUCAUGAUACCACAGUUUCAACAAUUACUGCCGCUAGAGACGUCCUUAUCAGGAAGUUGGUUGAAUAACCAUUGUACCGCACAAUUAUUAUCAACGAAUAAUAAACUAUUAUCACCACCGAUUUCCAUAACGCCAUCAUCGAUUUGUACUGAUUUAUCUGAAAGUGAAUAUCAACCUAUUGAUCUUUCGUCAGCACGUAAAUAUUCACUGCCAUCGCCACCAUUGUCAAAUAUAAAAAGUGAAUCAAUCGAUGUAAUUGAUUGUGCAUCACCGUAUUGCAAACAAGAUUCAACAAUGAUCAUUUCGAAACAUGAGAAAAGCUUUUUCGAACAAUCUCAAUCAUCCUGUGAAACAAUAAAACAGUGUUCAAAUUUUAGUAUUGAAUAUAUUUUAUCAACUUCAUAUCGACCACCAACAUAUGAAUUAUUAAGAUUGAGAAGUCAAAACGUUAAUAGUAUAUUUACAAAGAAAAAAACCAAACAUUAUUCUGAUAAUUAUCUUCAUCGAAUAAUCAAUUAUAGAAAACAACGUCAACAAGAAAAACAAUAUCAUGUAUUAAGAGAUUUCAAUCCACCUCGAGGAAUAUUUAUUGGUCAUAUAUUGGAUUUAUAUAAUGAUCUAAUUCAUCAACGAAAUCAGAUAAAAAUUAAACAAAUUUCUUUUACUAUUGAUGCUCUCGAACAAUUAGCUGAUAUUGCGUGUAAACUCGAUACUCGUCAUAAAAAAUCUAUAUUAAAUGAAAAAGUUUCAUCAUCAAAAACUUACGAAAUUCUAUUCAAACAAUGUCAUUUAUUAAUAAAACAAAAUUAUCAAAAAUAUCAACAUAAAAAAAUUCGAAAACGCCUGUAUUUUAAUCCUAAAGCAAAUUUUAAAGAUCGAUUUCUUCAUUUUUCAUUGUCAAUAUUAAAUAUUUUACAAAUGGAAAAAAAUCUCCUACUAUAUGGAUCGUAUCAUUCUGACUGUCAUAUUUUAAUGCCAAAUAUUCACAAGAAUUUCAUCGAACUGAAAAGAAUAAAACCGAAAGUAAAACAAUCGGUAUGUGUUCAUUUAAAAGUUGACCAAAUAGCUUCAAAUUUUGAAAUCCUUUUACCAAACCAUGGUCUGUUAUAUGAAGCUAUUAUACAAAAAAUCAAUAGUUAUGAUGAUUUACUGCUCGUACGAUUACAUGAUGAAAGACAAACGUAUUUAAUACCGACACAUGAUUUAUGCCAGUUGGCUUGUCCAAAAGUGAUACCAGAAAAUUUUGAUAUUUUAUCAAAAGGUUCGCGUGUUUGUGCAUAUUGGAGUACUAGUUUACGUGGUCUUCAUCCAGCUGUUGUUAAAACAAUACCAUUGGAAACAAAUAAAUCUUCAAUGGUGACUCUGUUAUUUGAUGAUGGUGAUACGGGAUUAAUUAAACUUGGUGAAAUACGUUUACUUCCUGAUGAUUAUGUUAUUAAAGGUAUUAAUUUGGAAGAAUGGCGUGUUUCUUCCUCUCAAAUACUCCCAAUUUUAUCGAUAAGUCAACGCAGUUCACGUCGUUCAUCGUCAACUACAUCUCUCACUACGAAUUCUUCGUCAAAAAGAAUAAAAAUAGAAAAACCGGCUUGUUCAUCUACAGUAGAAGUUCCUCAAUGGACAUUAAAUAUUCGGAAUUCAUCGAUAUGCCGUCAUGACACUAAACAAGUUCUUCGCGUUGGUGAUUGUGUUGUAUUACAUGGUGUCGAUAAAUCACUAUCGUACAUUGGUAAGGUGCUUAAAUUCUAUCGGAAUAAAUCAACGCAACAAGAUUUAGUCAGAUUAAAAUGGUAUUAUAGUCCGCAAGAAACUCCAAUAGGUCUUCAUAAAAAUGAUUUACCUGGCGGUCUCUAUGAGAGUACACAUAUUGAUGAAAAUCCGAUAGCAACUAUACGAUAUAAAGGUACUAUUUAUGGAUCGUACGACGAUUAUGUGAAGAACACUGAUUAUGGGAAAAAACGACAAGAAACAGAUUUUUAUCUCCUUGGUCAGUACAAUCCGAUAUCUGGUGAUCUAAAAAGAUACGAUGAUGAAUCAUUGCAGAAGAAGAAAACAAAUGUAUGA